AGUCACGGGACUCACACUCCAACGACGCAUAAUAAAACGGAAACCUCCACUUCAAACCACAAAGCAAACUUAAACACUCAAACCCAAAAAAAAAAAAAAAAAUUAAUUGUUCUUUCAAUGGAGCUCCUGAGCACGAUCAAUCUCUUAGCACUAGCUCUUGUACUCCUUGUAGUUCCGAAGAUAUAUGGAGUUUGUUGGAUCCUUUUUUGGCGGCCAUUGAUGCUAUCAAGAAGAUUCAAGAAGCAAGGAAUCUCUGGUCCAAAAUACAGGAUCUUGCAUGGGAACCUCCGCGAGGUUAGGAAAAUGAAGAAAGAAGCUAAGCUUUCGGUUCUUGAUCCAAACUCCAACGAUAUCGUCCCUCGCGUUUUACCUCAUCUUGAUCAAUGGAUUUCUCAAUACGGGGAGACGGUUCUCUACUGGCAAGGAACAGCGCCAAGGUUAUGCAUCUCAGAUCAUGAGCUAGCGAAACAAAUCUUAUCGAACAAAUUUGGUUUCUUUGCUAAAUCAAAGACAAAACCUGAGAUCCUUAAACUUGCUGGUAAUGGACUCAUCUUCGUAAAUGAUCUUGUUUGGGUUCGUCAUAGACGUAUCUUAAACCCUGCGUUCUCCAUGGACAAAAUCAAGAUCAUGAACCAACUGAUGGUGGACUGCACUUUGAGGAUGUUUGAGGAGUGGAAAAAACAGAGGAAUGGUGGCGAAUCCGAGCAAGUGAUUAUGAUGAACAGAGAGUAUAAGAGAUUGACAGCUGAUAUUAUAGCCACCGCUGCGUUUGGAAGCAGUUAUGCGGAAGGAAUUGAAGUGUUUAGAUCACAAAAAAAGCUCCAAAAGUGUUGUGCUGCUUCUCUUACUGACGUCUACAUCCCUGGAGUCCAGUGUAUACAUAGUCAUUCUUCUACUUUGAACGUUCUUUCUUGUUUUAGUGAUUUGAAGAUUGGUUCUUUGUCUUGUAUCCCAAGGUACUUUCCUACGCCUUUGAAUCUUCGAAUAUGGAAACUUGGUAGGAAAGUGAACAACUCGAUUAAAAGAAUCAUAGAUGCGAGGCUAAAAUCGGAAUCCAAGAACUACGGAAACGAUCUUCUAGGAAUCAUGUUAACAGCUGCAAGAUCUAACGAGUCUGAGAAAAAGAUAAGCAUCGAUGAGAUCAUAGAAGAAUGCAAGACGUUCUUCUUCGCAGGACACGAAACUACUGCGAAUCUAUUGACAUGGAGUACGAUGUUGCUUAGCUUGCACCAAGAUUGGCAAGAGAAGAUCAGGGAAGAGGUUAUUAACGAAUGCGGUAAAGACAAAAUCCCAGAUGCAGAGAACUGUUCCAAACUCAAACUGGUAAAAAUACAGAUUGCAAAAAGAGUUUCUUGCGGCUAAAGAAACCUAGAGAUCCCUAAAGGCACGACUAUAGUCCUCCCGAUUGUGAAGAUGCACAGAGACAAAGCCGUUUGGGGAAGUGACGCCGACACAUUCAACCCUAUGCGGUUUGAAAACGGCGCUUCUCGUGCCGCUACUCACCCAAACGCUCUCCUCGCGUUUUCAAUCGGACCAAGAGCUUGCAUCGGCCAAAACUUUGCCAUGAUGGAAGCCAAAACCGUUCUCGCCAUGAUUCUUCAACGUUUCCGACUCAAUCUCUCCGUAGAGUAUAAGCACGCGCCAGCGGAUCACCUCACUCUUCAGCCUCAGUACGAUUUACCUGUGAUACUUAAACCUAUCGACGGUUGAAGGAAGAAGCAAGAUGCUUCCCACUUUGUAUAAUGGACCUUUGUGGGCUAAAUACUAAACUAAGUUAUUGGGCUUGUAUUAAGAAUCACUUGAGCCAGACUAUUAAUUAAUUAAUGAUGUUUAAACUAAUUGCUAUUUUAA